AGAGCUGUCGUGAGGAGUUGCCACCAUGUCGGGGAAAGUUGAGAUUAUGAACAUGGACAUGAAGGUGGGGAAAACCCUGAAGAUCAAGGGCAAGAUCGAUGAUGACGCUGAUGGCUUUGUCAUCAACCUGGGCCAGGGGACAGACAAACUGGCCCUGCACUUCAACCCACGUUUCGGUGAAUCCACCAUCGUCUGCAACUCACGGGAUGGCAACAGUUGGGGGAAGGAGCAACGAGACAGUCACAUGUGCUUCAGCCCAGGGUCAGAGGUCAAGCUCAUCGUGACCUUCGAGGAGGAUGGAUUCAAGGUGAAGCUGCCAGACGGGCACCAGCUGACCUUUCCCAAUAGGCUGGGCUACAGCCACCUGAGCUACCUGAGCGUGCAGGGCGGGUUCAGCAUUACCUCUUUCAAGCUAGACUGAGGGCCGAGCCGGGCCAGAUUGCAAGUUCCCAGAGCGGAUGCCUGAGCCCAAGCCGCCUCCAGCCACGGGGGCCCUGCCGCCCUCCGUCCUGGGUUCCUACCUGCUGUUCCU